GUUCAGUAUUACAGUCUGUGGGUUGGAGGUGUGGCAGCAGCAGCAGCAGAUAUGACAGUGACGCAGCGUGGAGUGGGAGGUCUUUAAAAGCUCUCUGCUGCUCCUCUUCCUCUCCCACAGACGUCUCUCCCUCUCUCGGCGGUGCGUGUUUCAUAAUCGGCCCCGGUGUCUCUCCUCGUCUCUCAGCCGGUCAGAAUGGCAGCGGUCAGGACCCUCAGGAAACUGUGCCAACACUCCCAGCAUCAACUCUGUAAGCUGCACACGUCCGCCUCGAGGUGAGUCCAAACACCGGUUCUGAAACCUCCUCACAUUCGGCUUCAUUUUAUCCCACUUAUACGACAUGUUCGAGGUCUCUUCUUCUCUAAAUCAGACUAAAAACCUGUAUAUUUUAAUAGAUUUUGUUAUACACUGAUAUUCUGCAAUACUGCGUGUAUAUGGAUGAGAUCAUGCUUUUCUAAAAAAGGGUUUAUUUGAUUUAUUGAACUAAAUGUCCGCAUUCAGUCACAUUUCGGUGCGCCCCUAGUGGUAUGCCGGUAACAUUGCAGGGACAGGCUGGCUGAUGAAAUCGGUCUUGGUGCUUGCACCCUGUGGCUUUAGGAGGCAGGAUUCAGCUGGAGACCCGGGUCCUGCUCUGUUCUCAAGACAAGCACAUGCAUAUGCAUGAGGACCAUUGUGUUCCCAAGAACCUCAUGUUGGCUCUUUUCUACAGUAGAGAGCAGACAGUCACAGGAACUGCAAAUUUAAGGCACACCGUCCCAUGUCUGCAUCUAUUAGAAACGUGCAGACUGGAGCAUGACUUCGACACAAGAUGAACUAAUUUUGCACACAUGCUUUAAAAAAACACAAACCUCGUGUAACCCCUGCACAUGAUCUCCAACCCCACAAAUCAAGAUAGUUAAUUUGAGACCUAAGUCAUGUUAUGCAUACCUCAUGACUGUAUAUCACAGUACAGAUGCAAGCCAAAACCAUUUAUAGACAAGAUAUAGCAGGAUGAUAUUAUAUAAAUGCAAAAUAACAGAAAUAGUUUAUUACUCUCAAUAAACUCUGAACUAAGCAGACAGUUUUAAAACAAUACUGCAGCUGAUAAAAACUUAAUAAUCAGAUGAUUAAAAUAUGAGAUAAAAGUUAAAGAAGGUUUUUAUUCUUAGAAAUACUAAAUAAAACGCUGAACGAAAAUGGUACCAAACAGUUUAUAGUAUGAGACACAUCAGAAAAGGGAGAGGUUCUCCCACUUUGUGAACUUUUCGACACAUUUCCUGAGGGUCCUGGUACACUGGCCCCUUUGGUUUUGCCCCAUUUUUCACAAAGAUGUGAAACUUUGCUGAGGUUUAAUUGGUUUUGGCAGAAUAAAAGGUUGUUACAUCACUUUCUGUGGCUCAUUAGUUCUCAGUUAUUAUUCGCUGCUCUCUGUUUGCUGUUACAUAACAAAUGUCGGGCUUUACGUUGUGGAAACUUUUCCUCCUAGCAGGGCGGGUCGGCCCGGUUUAUACAAGAAUACUACAGUGAAGAAUGAUUUUUCCGUUUGGUACUUAAGUUUUCUUUGACCGUACUUGGAUUAGAUUUGUAGAUAGAAAAGUUUUUAAUCCCAGACUGAACUGAUUGGUGAUACUGUAACUCUACAUUACAGUCCGUGAAGCAUGUGUCUCUGUCAGGUGAAGAGGUACAGUGGCUAAAAUUAGUCUGGGGUUGGUGCUUGCCUUGGCUGAAUGGUCGAGAUAGAUUACAAGUCUCUGGUAUCUUGAGCUCUUUUUCGGUGGUUAUCAAGUGAACCCUGUCAAGUAGAUAUGUGGGUUACUACGUAUUCAUAGUUUAGAAGAACGUAACACACAUGCACAUUUUCUUUUUGUUUAAAGUCUUAUUUUUAGGGUCUAUUAAUAACAUUUUAAACAUUUUCAGUGAACUGUCUGUCUUUACAGUCUAAUUUCAUAUAAGAGCGAGUCUGUCGGUCAUCGAAAACUUCGUCUCAGCUUGUAACAGUGCAAAAGUUUUGACUCCGUAUUUUUUUCCCUUGCCACUCUCAGACAGGAGGCAGUGGUCAUCUCAGGGAAGAAACUUGCCCGACAGAUUCGGGAGGAGGCCAGGGCCGAUGUGGAGAGCUGGGUCAUGUCUGGCAACAGAAGACCCCACCUGAGUGUGAUUCUGGUGGGGGACAACCCAGCCAGUCAUUCCUACGUCCUCAACAAGACACGAGCCGCAGCUGAUGUCGGUAAGACGAUCCUCCUACACGCCUUUUUUCCUGCAUGUAAACACAUGUUUUUUCUUCUCUGAGAUAAAACAACAAAAGAACAAACACUUUUCUGUGGUUUUAAGUUCUUCUUUCACUUCUCCCUCCCACAGGAAUCUCAAGUGAGACGAUUCUCAAACACUCAGACAUCAGUGAGGAGGAGUUAUUGGACCUGAUCUACAAACUCAACACAGACCAUCGUGUGGACGGCCUUCUGGUCCAGCUGCCUUUGCCAGGUAUGAAAAAAAACUGGAACACUUCUCGGCACGUGCAGGCUGCAGACACAUGUGAGUCGAUUUGCGCGUCCUAACGGGUUCUUGUGUGUCAUUUCUGCCAGACCACAUUGACGAGCGCGCCAUCUGCAAUGCAGUCUCCCCCACCAAGGACGUGGACGGCUUUCAUGUGGUGAAUGUGGGUCGCAUGUGUCUCGAUCAGUCCACCAUGCUUCCUGCGACUCCCUGGGGAGUGUGGGAAAUCAUCAAACGCACAGGUAACAGGAAUGGUUGUUUACUUCCUUGCCGCUAAAAUGCUGCUGAACAAGUUGUUUUACUGGUAAAUUGCAGGAAGAGAAAACAUUUAACCCCUAUGACAAAGUUUCCUAUUUACUUAAGAGUAGAAAGACUGUUUUGACAUUUCACUUUUCACUUGUUGUAAGUCAAAUUAAAAUUCAGCUUUAUUUGUAGGGCACUUUUCAGAAACACACAGGCGCACACAAAGUGAGAAUUUAAGAUAUAUUGUUAUAGAGACAUGGCCUGAUGCCGAGAUAUUACAUGAAGAAAGAGCUACCUUUAGGAAACACUGGAGAUAAAAGAGAAAAAUGGUAAAUAGAAAGACUGAAAUAAGAAAAUAAUAUUAAAUGAACAGAUGAGUAAGAGCUCAUUACCAUAUAAAAGGGGUAAAAGAAGUAAAAACCUCUAAGGUGGGAGUAAAGAAAAAGACUAAGAACAGAGAUAAUUGAUAGAAUUAAAUAAAAGAAACAAUAAGAACUUUAAUUAAAAUGAACUUUUGCAACAAGAGAAAUAUAAAAAGGCAAUCAGUGAAACGCCUGGUUAAAAAGAUGAGACUUGAGCCUCUUCUUAAAAACAUAAACAGUCUGUCGGUCAUUUCUAUUUUGGACAGAAGCUGUUUUGCUAAAAUCUUGUUGUGUUCAGAAUUUAGGGUUGCAUGUUGGAACAAAAAAAUACUAAAAUGUUGAGUUGAGUUUAAAGAAACCACCUUCCUUCUUAUUUUGCAGGUAUCCCCACUCUUGGGAAGAAUGUCGUCGUUGCAGGACGCUCCAAGAAUGUAGGAAUGCCCAUCGCCAUGUUACUGCACACAGACGGCCGCCAUGAGAGGCCUGGAGGUCAGUGAGGGCGAUUUGAGUGCUCAGAGAAGAAACGUUUAACUUAAGCGCACACAUAUGCUAAAUGUUGUUCUCCUUCUAGGUGAUGCCACAGUCACCAUUUCUCAUCGUUACACUCCAAAGGAGCAACUCCGCCACCACACUCAGAUCGCGGACAUCGUCGUGGCAGCUGCAGGUUCGUUUCACCUCCCAUAUCUGACCGAGAUUAAACUCUUCAAAUCGAAUCCAUCCUGUGAUCUGACUUUGCUGUUCAUGUUUCUGAACCACCAGGAAUUCCAAACCUCAUUACAGCCGAUAUGAUUAAAGAGGGAGCGGCAGUGAUUGACGUCGGAAUAAACCGAGUGCAGGACCCAGUUACCGGGAAGGCCAGGCUGGUUGGAGACGUGGAUUUUGAAGGUGAGGGUGAAGGUUGAACAAGAUCUCCGCAGACAUCCUAGAAGUCUCGGGUUUCUGUAACAUCAGCUCUUUCCUGUCUAUAUUCAGGUGUAAGGCAGAAGGCGGGCUUCAUCACUCCAGUGCCCGGAGGUGUGGGACCCAUGACUGUGGCGAUGCUAAUGAAGAACACUAUCAAAGCAGCGAAGAACGUUCUGCUGUUUCCCCCAGAGAGGAUCCGCAUGGCAGCUGCAUCUUAAUGUGGAUAAAGAAAAUCCAAGCUACAGAGACACAUUCCACCCACUCCUCAAUGACACCGCCUCCUCCUUUUUACCGGGAGCGACCCGACGGGCUCCCCUUGCACAGGGACUGGAAAGAUGAUACAGCUUUACGGCUCUGUAACCUUUCCAAACUUCAAGUCCAGCCAUGUUUAGACUGUUACGAUCACUCAUGCAGCCGAGUGCUCCUUGUAACGGGGUUCUGAGUAUUUAUCAAGCGCAUUAUGAGUUUCCGUUAAGUUUGAAAGAAUCUUGAAAGAUUGUUUUAUUUAUUUCUACAUUGACAUGAUAUUUAAACCUAAAUGGAGGAUAAACAUCAAAGUAUUUAAUUCAAAACUGGUUUCCAGUGACUGAAGAGCCAAGAGGCCUGUCUGUGGUUUCUUUCAGUUGGUUUAGCCUUAUGUACCAUGAGUGAUAAGGGCUAACAUCAUCAGGAACACUAUGUUUUAUUAAAAUACAAGCUUUAAAGAUUCACAAUUGCCUUUGUAAAAACUUUGAAAUAAAUUUAACAAAUAUGUUCGCACA